AUGGCUGGUAUUGACAUUGCCAGCUAUUUGAUAUCAGACUCGGGAAAAUCUGAUGGUGACUCGGUUGAGAAAGGCCUGCUGUAUGCUUUACGACAAGGGGAGCAUCAUUUUGUGCAAUGGCUAUGGCAUGAACAUAUUUACGAGUACAUGGAACUGCUUCACGAAGAAUGGGGAUACACCACGCAGUAA